AUGAAUACAUCUCUUACUACUUUGGUUGAGGAAAUGCCGUUGGCACAUGUGGUGGACAGUAAAUUUGUUGAUAAAGUUUGUGCCCAUUGUAUGAUAUCGAUGUGGGAGAGAGAUACUCAAGAAAAACUGAGUCGUUGUGGUCGCUGCAAAUUCACUCACUAUUGUAAUAUGAAAUGUCAAAAGAAGGAUUGGCUUACUCAUAAGAGCGAAUGCUCAUACUUGUCACGUGUGGCCCCACGUAUUCCGGAAUCAAUGCCUCGAUUAAUAGGUCGGAUAAUUAUGAAAUUACGGCGUUGUGGUGAUAAAAGUCCUGCUUUCAAUGGGCGUGUUUUUGCUUCUUUAAAAAGUCAUACUGUUGAUAUCGAGAAAGAUGAGGAGAAGAGAAAUGGAUUUAUAGCCAUUAUACAUGUCAUCAAAGAUUACCUUCCAUUUGACAAGAUGCCAUCCAACACUGAAAUUUUCGAUAUUUUUUGUAAAAUCUUGAUCAAUGCAUUGGUAAUCACAGACUCAUGCUUAAAUAGAAUUGGUCUUGCAGUUUAUCUAGGACUUUCAGCUUUGGAUCAUAGCUGUAAACCAGAUGCAUUCAUAAUUUUCAGUGGUGCGAAAGCAAUCUUAAGAUCCUUGAAUGAAAAUAUAACGGAAUACAACGACAACCUACACAUUCCGUACUGUGACUUAUUGGAUCUUAGGUCUGCACGAUGUGAAGCCCUGCAAAAGCAGCACAAUUUUGUGUGUAACUGUGAUAUUUGUCAAGAUUUUGAUUUGGAUCGGCAGAAGAGCUCUGUACGAUGUACCAAAUGCACAGAUGGUUUCUGUCCAUAUAGUCCUGAUGAUGAUCAUACAGUAAAGCGAUGUAAAGUUUGUCACGAGAUAUCAGUUUUCAAUUCUGAUCAUGUGCAGAAGUUGUACCAGCAAUUAACGGCUCCUCGGCCUGCAGAAAAGAAUCUAAAUGAGCUGAUAGAUUUAUAUCACGAACUAGAAGAAGUUUUCUCGCCAUACAACGUUCCUCUUUGUAAAUUGGCGGAAAGUAUUAUGAUCUCAGCAUUGAAUAAUGAAAAGUACGACGAAGCAGUAGAGUAUGCCGAAAAAACUCUUCUUUGCUACAGGACUUAUUAUCCAAAAGGUCAUCCUUCACCUUCUGUGCGUAUGUUUGAAUAUGCAAAAUUAUUGAUGUUACAGCAUAAUCGGGAAUCUCUUCCUGUGCUACGAAAGGCUCUGAAAAUGAUAUGUGAAAGCUAUGGUUCCGAAAGUAGUUUUGCAUUUAACGCUGCCACAUUGCUGAGUGACUUAGAAAAAUGUGUAUCUACCGCUUCGUCGUGA